AUGAAAUAUGUAGGUGCCCUUGAUCAGGGUACGAUAAGUACACGAUUUAUUAUAUUUGAUGAAAAGCAGUGUUUGGUUGCGCAGCAUCAGAUACCACACAGGCAGUUGACGCCGCAGGCUGGCUGGCUUGAACAUGACCCAAUGGAACUGUAUCGCGCGAGCGUUGCCUGCAUUGUUGCCGCGGUUGAAGAUUUACGGCGGAGAGUUCCAUCUUUUGAGAAACUUGAGGCCAUAGGCAUUGCGAAUCAGCGUGAGACGACGGUGGCAUGGGAUCGUGUGACAAAGGAGCCGUUGUAUAACGCGAUUGUAUGGAAUGACUUGCGCUCGUACGAAGUGACUGCAAAUGUGAAAAAGGAGUUGGGUGGUGGUGAUGAUUUGUUUUUUGCCAAAAUGAAUGGUUUGCGGAUAAGCACAUAUUUUUCCGCAUUUAAGAUGCGCUGGAUGCUUGAAAACGUCCCAAAGGUAGAGGAGGCGCGUAAACGUGGUACUCUCUGCUUUGGAACCAUUGAUGCAUGGUUGCUCUGGAAAUUAAGUGGUGGUAAGGUGUUUAUUACGGAUGUUACGAACGCCUCACGUACGUUUUUGAUGGAUAUACGAACAUGCAAAUGGUCCCCUGAGCUUUGUGACAAACUUGGCAUCCCCAUGGCGUGCCUGCCUGAAAUCCGGAGUAACAGCGAACUGUUGACUUAUGCGCUCAGCGACGAGGGAGGUUUAUCCACGGCUCUGCGGCACCCAACACCAAUCAUGGGGAGCAUUGCUGAUCAGCAGGGUGCACUCCUUGGAAACAUGUGUUUUGAAGAAGGAGAAUCAAAGAAUACGUAUGGUACUGGCUGCUUUCUUCUAAUGACGGUGGGGGAAAGGAUCCGUUUUUCAGGCCAUGGUCUUCUCUCCACUGUUGCCUAUCAGCUUGGCAGCAAAUCCCCGUUCAUCUAUGCCCUUGAAGGCUCCAUUGCCGGAGCUGGCGCAACAAUUGAAUGGUUGAAAAAUAACAUGAAGCUCAUUGACGAUGUCUCGGACUGUGAAAAGUUUGCCCAAACCGUCUCUGAUACGCAAGGUGUCGUGUUUGUGCCUGCGUUUUCCGGUUUUUUGGCACCCAGUUGGGAUCCUUCCGCCCGUGGAUCCAUUUUUGGGAUGACAUUGAAGACGACCCGUGCCCACGUUCUUCGCGCUGCUCUGUUGGCCAUUGCCCUUCAAGUCGUUGAUGUUUUGGAAGCGAUGGAGAGGGACGCGGAAAUUAAAGUCCAGUUUCUCCGCGUUGAUGGAGGGCUAACCAAAAAUCAUCUGCUAAUGAAGAUGCAGUCAGACCUGUUGGGAAUCAAUCUUCAUCGGCCGACUAUGGCUGAAACUACCGCACUCGGUGCCGCGUUAUGCGCUGGCCUGGCGGCAGGCGUCUGGAAGUCUCUGGAAGAAGUAAAAACAAUAUCGCAACAAGCGAAUGUUUGGCGUGUGAUCAGACCUGCUGCAUCCAAGGAUUCUCAACAGAUGCUAAGGGCGCAGUGGAAACGAGCAAAGCAACAGGCGAAGUGGGCCAAGCUUUAA